AUGCUCAUCAUCGAGGCUUCAAAUGUACCCAUUAGGGGUGUCCGCGACGAAGAUGGAGCCAUGACACCGCCUAUAAUAAAUAUAGACGAGGGAAUCAACAUCAAUGGAGUGGCUGAUGAUGGGCAUGAGCCAUUCUGUCUCGGCAGAUUCCACGAACAGUGGUUUGUCAAGACUCUCAUGAAGCCAUACGAUGUUGUAGUCGCAUGUAUAUUGCUGAGAGCAUACAUACUGGCACCUACGCAGGUGGAGCUUAGCUCUGACGGGUACUGGGAUGAGGAUGAGUGGAUUCGGGUACGCCAACUGUACCAAUGCCUGUGGCCAGGAGAGCCCAUUUCGUGUCCAGGACUCGAAACCGGCGACAACACAGAGAUGGCAUCCCGAGAUGAUGGUCCAGACAAUGCAGUUAACUCCAAGAGAAUGCUGCUUGCUGGAAUAGAAGCCGAUAAUCUAGAUGACGGUAGCAUCUCACAAGUACCCCAAGCUACUCAUCCACCACGAAUUCCCCGGCCAGAGUCCGUGGAGUCUACCAUAUCAGGGGUUGACUUCACUUAUAUAAAAAAAUGGCUUUCGUGGUGUGACAAAGAUACUCAUCAAGAUUGCAUCCCACAUCCAAUCCAGUGGCACGACUUUAAAGGAAUUGACUUUCGAGUUAUCGAUAUUCAUAGGCGUUGCAUUGUCAAAGCCUCGGAAAAUUGCUCCUUCGUUGCUCUGUCUUAUGUCUGGGGUGGAGUAGAUCAACUACGACUGAACGAAGCUACAAAGCCACUACUUAUGAGUGAUGGUGGACUUGAUUAUGCCUGGUUAAGGAUUCCCAUGACUAUACGAGACGCCAUUGUAGCAUGCGAAAAGCUCAAAUUCCAGUAUCUUUGGGUUGAUGCACUAUGCAUUAUGCAAGACUCUACUCGAGAUACUAGAAUCCAAAUUAUGCGUAUGAAGAAGAUAUACAGCGCAGCAGAGUACACUAUCGUUGCUGUUUCGGGGGAAUCAGCAUCUAGUGGAUUAUCAGGGGGUGCAAACAAACAGACCUCUGAUGCUUCAUUGGUGUGUAGUGAGGAUUCUCUGAAGUGUUUACUACUGUCAUCACCAUGGGCCCACCGCGCAUGGUGCUAUCAAGAGCAGGUGCUGUCACACCGUCUUAUCCUAUUUACUACGAAUGGGAUAUAUAUUCAAUGCCAACGUGGAGCUCUUAAAAUGGAUGGAAACAGCAUGAAACCUAUCAAAAUGCAUGAUGCCUCAAGCUACGACUCCAUUGGAAGUAUGCUCAAGAUACCCCAUGGCAAGGAUCUGGAAUCCUACGUCUCUGCUGUUGAAUCUUAUUCCAGAAGAAAGCUGUCAAAGAUGGAGGACAAGAUGAAUGCUUUUCAGGGAAUACUACAAUUAUACAACGGCGUUAUGGAUGGCAAAUCAACUUCAUUCUGCUAUGGUCUCCCGAUUUACGCCUUUGAUCAAACAUUUUGCUGGAGCACUCGUCAACACAACCCUCAGCUUCGGAACCCAUUCUUUCCCAGUUGGUCAUGGCUGGGAUGGAAUGAUGCGGUUGAGUUCAAUAGAGACCUAAUCAACACUUGCUGUACUAGCCAGAUGAUAUACGGUUGUCGAGACUAUAACGAUGACUUUCCAGAGCAAUGUAAUAUCAGACAACCAGCUACGAGUCAUUUGAAAGAUUUUGCAUUUGGCUUCCCAGUGGCAGCCAGUCUUUCAUACUAUAAUCUUCCAGAAAGGUCGCUUUAUGGAAGUAUUGCUUACUUGAGCAUCUCCAGCGAUUGUAUAGAAUCUGAUGGAUACAACGGGCUGUAUACGGUGUUUUCCGCUACUUCUAUGUCGGGAAACGUAUCGUCUACAGGCAACAGGUCCGACAUCAAUAAAGAAGGCCGUCAUGAUAAUGACGAUACACAGACUCUACUUGGCUAUAUAAAUCUGCAACAUGAGUGGCGGCAGAAGCAGUCAGUAGUGUUGGUACUGGAAUUCCUACCGAUAGCAGGAGAGCUGAAUACAGCUUCAAAUAAUUCUUGGGUUAUUACCAUGCUGAUGUGCUUGGAGUGUACAGAUAGGGGCUCCAGAGAACGGAUACAGGUGAUGAACUGUAAGAUUGAGGAAGAGCGUUGGUUGAAGUUAGGAGCAGGGCUCAAGAUGUUUAAGUUGACAUGA